AUGCCGAGUCAUUGUGAAGGUUUGCGCGUCCUCCUUUACGGCUGCUGUCGACUCCCCCAGCGGCUCGUCCCUUCUCCGCUUCUCCUGGGGAAGGGCUUCUCUGCCUCUCGGCCCGCCUCUGCUCUCUGUGCCGUGCGCCGGCUGCGAGCCUGGGCGGUUUGUUCAGCUUUUUUUCGUUCUUGCGGGGCAGGGGGACCUUCCGACUCCCCGCUGCUGGCCCUCUGGUCUCCUCGGAGCCCAGCCCGAGAGGGCGGCUCGAUGCCGCCAGCGAAGAAGCGCCCCUGCCGGCGAUGGCCGUUCGUGCCAGCCGAGCGGUUUCCUUCCUAUCCCCGUCUCGCGCCGCGGCUGCGGGCGCUUAUUCUGCAGCAGCGGCAGCAGCUGCGCGCCCAGCUCGUUCGGUGCCGCGAGCGCCAGUAUGAGGGCGCUGCGCUCUUCAGCAAAGCCGCGAGCGGCGGGCCGCCGCCGCGCGGCGACUGCGUGGCCUCCGCGGCCGAAGGCGGCGAGCGCGACCUGGUUCGCAGCCGCGCGAGCAAUCCUUCGUUGAAAAGAAAGCGACGGUCAGGGGACGCGAAGGACGAGGAGGAGGAAGACAGCAGCCUGGAGCCGCCCCCCGCAGGGAGCGCCGGAGCGCAGACAGAGCUGGCUUUUUCCUUCCCGGCGGAGCUGCAGAGGGAGGCGCAAGAUGGUGGCGACCCCAAAACUGCAGACGGCGAUGAGCCGCCGCGCCGACCAGCGCUGGAGACGCGCGAGCAGGGCAGCACGCCCCCCAGUUCGCCCGCUCAGCGCCUGGCCUCACCGGGGUUCGAACCCUCGCCGUCAGCGGCGCCGGGGGUGGAUGAUCCGCCCUCGCCGCUCUCGCGCAGUCGGAGUGAAGGCUGCUGUCCCUCGAAGCCGAGAGACUGUGAGCAGAUGGCGCAUGGAGGAGAAGCUGCCUCUUCGUCGCUCUGUCUGUUCCCUGUGGACCGGUUUCUGCCUCCGCGUUCCGAACCGGAGAGGGCCGUCCGGCUGGCGCUUCUGCGGCGGCAGCUGCUGCUCAAGCGGCAGCUGCAUGCGCGUCUGGUGAGGACGCUGGGCGAGGUCGAGCGGCGGUACGAGGAUCUCCUCGAAGUUGCAGCUCUGGAGGACCGCGAGCUGGCGCGUGAGAGAGAGGAGGAGGAGUUCAGAGCACACAUCGAGAAGCAGCAAAACGACUUAGAGACCUUGCAUGCAGCCAUGCAGAAGAACCGCGCGGCACAGAGAGCCGACCGGGAGCGGAAGCUGCAGCACGAGCGCCUGAUCCGGCAGAGGUGUCGCGAGAAACGGCGACGCGCGCAGGAAGAAGAAAUCGAGAGCGUGACGAGUGGCGCCCCUCCAGCCAUCCUGAUGAAGGAGCUGAGUGCGCUGUCUGCCUUCGUCGCCGGGGGCAUGCCGGCUGGUGCAGCGGCAGCGGCGCUGCGGGGGGGCCGGCGGCUCCACGCGUCCUCGGGGGCCCCAGGCGGAGCCUACGGAGCUCACGGCCUGCCCGCCUGCGACGUCCAGGGGGGAGGGGUCGCGGAGGCAGAUCUGUUUUCUGUGCAAAUUCACCGCCCAGACGCACAAGGUGCGCUAGCUGCAACUGAGAGACCCGGGAAGUCCCUAGGGGGCAGCGCGCAGCGAGCUGCCGCGUUUUUCAGUGGCUCGGACAGUCUCCAUGGGGAGGCUUCCGAGUCGGCUGACGGCGUCGCGUCUUCGGGAGCUCGAGAGGACGCGUGCGACGCCGCGUACGCCGAACUCCAUUCGUCUCGGCUCGCGGGGCCGCCACUGGGCCGCGCCUCUGGGCUCCACCAGCACGGAGUCGCGACGCGGGUGUCUCCCGCAGGCGGAGCCUCAGCAAGUUCGCCUCACGACGUCGCCCUCUCUGCAGCGGCUGGCGGUCGUGGAGCCCAAAAGGGUGCCCUGGCGACUGCGGGGGUUGGCGUGCUGGGGAGUUCGAGCUUCGCGGGCUCGAGCGCCAGAGGCGGCGGCGCUCUCGGCCGGAAAGGCAUGCGCCACCGCGGCGGGGCGCGCGCCGCAGCGGCGGCCGCUGCGACGGGGAGUCCAACGAGCAACCUGGCGUUGCUUCGCGGCUUCGGCCUCGUGCCCGCCGGGACGCCUGCAGCAAAGGCCGCUGGCGGCUUCAUCGGUUACGGGCAGCCGACGUCUGCCGGCGUGAGGGGCGCGGGUCGCGGGGGGCGCUGCACGACCCGGGGCCUCGGUCGCGGCGGCGGAACGCGGCGCAGCAACAGUCUCUCGGCGCCGCUAGGCGGCAGCCCCGCUCCUGCGGGCAAGGUAGGUCAUCCACCCGGGUCGGGCGUCGGCGCGACGGGGGCUGCGCCCGCUGGCGCUGCGGCGCCCGGCGCGUCGCCGUUCGCCUCCGUUGUGAACAACUCCGCGCUCUCGCCGCUGACGCAGGUCGCGUCUCCUUCGUCGUCGUGGACGGCGGUCGGAGGCUCAGGCGCGGCUGGGAGCGCGUCUGCCGCAUCGCCGCAGCAGAUUCUCCUCCCGGCUGGACUAACCGCCUCGCAUUUGGCGGCGUUCAAUGCCAAUGCAGCGGCACUCCAGCACGGGGCGGCGGGCGGCGGACUCGCCGCAGGGACCGGCCCCGCCUCGGGGGGGGCGGGCACGCGUCACCCUCGGCCCCGGCUGCCCAGCCGCACCGCGGCGGGUCGUUGCCAGGCGGCCCCAGCAGCCGGUCGUCGUCGUGAGGGGACCAGUUCAGCGGCGGCGGCAGCGGCCGCUGCGAUGAGGCCGCUCAUUGCCGCAGCUGCUGCAGGCGGCCUGCAUCGAAACCAUUUCCUUCUCGCGUCGAGUAUAAAUCCUCUUGUCGCCGCGGCUGCAGCGGCUGCAGGGAGCGCCGCACGCGCCGGGCCACGAGCCCCGCCUGGAAGCGCCGUCGCCGCUGGCAGUUCGCCGGCGGCAGGGACAGGGGCGGAGGCAAAGUCUCCUCUGCUGUUUGGGCUUCCAAACGUCGCUGGAAGUAGCAGCACACCAGCAAGUGUGACGUCUCAGGGCUUAGCAUCUUCCUCAGCAGCUCAACAAAGCAGGCCAGCUGCUUCGAGAACAACUCCAUCCGCGCCGACCACGCCGGCUUCAUCACCGGCGACCAUGCCGUCUGCCAGCCCUGCGGCGAGUGCCGCAGCGGCUAGUCUCGUAGCUGCCGUGUCUCAGCAACAAAUCCGACAGCAGCAGGCGGGCGCGCCCAGCUUCGGCGGGGGGGCGAGUGGGACGGGCGGCGGUUCUGGAGCCAACCGGACGCCUUUAGGAGCCGCGGCAGGGCAGCUUUCUGCGGCUCUCGCGGCUGCGGCCUCGACCGCCGGCAGUGCGUCCACCGGAAAACAGCCUCAGCUCGUGACAGCCAUGCUGCAAGCUGUUGCCGAUGCGGUACGGGCCGAGCAGCAGAGACACCAGUUGCUGCAGAAGCAGCAACAGCUUCAGCUCCUCCAGCAGCUGCAGCUGCAACAGCAACUUCUUCAGCAACAGCAGCAGCUACAACAGCAACCGCCGCAGUUGCAGCAGCUCGUGCUUCAGCAUCGGCAACAGCAGCUCCUGCAGCAGCAGCUGCAGCAACAGCAGAAAAUGGUCUCGCAGCAGGUCCCGCUCCAGCAGCAGCUCCAACUGCAACAGCAGCAGCUGCAACUGCAGCUCAGGCAGCAGCAGAUCUUGCAGCAGCUGCAGCAGCAGCAGGUGCAACAGGACCAACAAGCGCAGUCGCAGGAGUCCCAACAGCAGUUGCCGAAACAAGCCAAGCAACAACAGAGCCAAGACCAGUCUCAGCAGCACCUUCAACUUCAUCAGCAACUGCAACAACUGCAAGUCCAACAGCAGCUCCAGCACUCCUUGCCGCAGCUGCUGCAGCAGCGACAGCAGACGGACGAUGCGGCAGACAACGCGACGGGGACGUCGUCGUUGCUCAGCCAGAUCUCGGACGCGCUGCGGAAGGCAGCCGCUACCCAAUCAAGCUCUGGGCUCGCAGGCGCAGGAGCUGGCCUGUCAGCUCCCCAGGCAAAACCUGUGGUGCCGCCAGAUUCAAAGAGGACGCCUGUCCUCAGCGCACUUGCGAGUGUUGCACAAGCUCAGCAUCCGCUGUUGGCCCGUGGUUCCGCAGACAGUGCAUCUUCAAGGACCUCUGCAGGGCUGCCAGCCACCGGAACCAGACUUGGGCUUGGGUCUGACGCCGGCUCUGGUGGUCCUAACCAGCAUCAACAAGGCAACAGUGGAUGCUAA